AUGGCGGGUUCGAGGAACAAAGGCAAAGGUGUGCUUCGACGUACGGUAAGCUUCGAGCUCUUCGCAUUCGCCGGUCAACGUCAUCAGGGCCAGCCGCUGUCGACGAGUGCUGAUCCGGUUCCAUGGCCAAUCUUCCAUUCGGGAUCGUUCCUACUCCUCGUGUGUGAGAAAUUCUAGAUCGAGCUACCAGCCAAGCUACGGACGGAGCUCGAAGCGCUUGGCUCACUGCCGCAGGCACACACGCACAAGUCACGCAACGAGCGUCGGAAGCAGCUUCGGGCCCACAAGCAAGCCCAUUCACCGCCCUCGAAGCUGGAUUAUACACCGAGCAACACGGGCUUUUCUUCGCUGGAUCGAAAACGAGCAAGCGCCGAUGUACCAGCGACGCGUGCGAUCAAGAAGGCGCGACGAGCCUCCGCAGCGAGUCGAGGUGCCGAGGAACUCGUCAAUACCGCAGCUCUGUCUCCAUCGACUUCUAGCGCAGCUCAUGGCAUCCCCCAAGCAACGCGUCGAACGCCUCUGGAGAAGCUUUUAUCCAAGCAAGAGAAGAGAGGCUCCGCGCCCGAUCUGCAUCGGACUAAACCUCGUCUUGUGUCGGUCGAAGAUCGUGAGAUUGCAUGGCUAGAAGCCAAGCUGGGGAUACAUCGAGACUCCCCAAUCUCUCGCGAGGAGCGCAGCAAUGUGAAGAAAGAGUUUGAAGAAGACGGUUUGGAAGGUACGUGGCUGGGAUCCAGCAAACUUAAUUCCGUUGGCACCACCCAAGGCAUCUAACAUCGCCCCGGCUGUCAUGGCCCCGACCGUCUGGUCCUAGAUCUAUUCGAGGGUCUGGAAGAUCUCGAGGCGGCAGCCUUUGACCAAGGCGCAGCAUCGAGCAAGGUAGAGUUGUCCUAAUCAUCUUCCUUGAGCGGUGUUAUUGGUGCUUUUUCAACUGUGGUGAGGUGUGUCGAGCUGACGCAGGGGAGCCGUCUCGCUGCCCACAGCACGCAAGCACCCAGACCGCUAGCGAAAGCGGUUUCGAGCACGAGGAUGACGUUCACGAAGACAUAAACGAACGACUUAACGAUGGAACAGAAUCCGAGAGCGAUGGAGGGGGCUUCGGCGAGAAUAGGGACGUUAUCACGCAGUGGGACGUCACUUCUGCCACUGUCGCUUCAGACGAGUUCUCAUCGGGAUCUAGCACGAAUGCGGCCGUUCCCGCGCCACCUGCCCCGACAGCCCGCUACGUCCCCCCACAACUUCGCAAUGUCGCGACGAAUGUAUCACGCUCAGUUCCCGUGUCGACGCUCGUGACAGCACCUCGCCGAACGGAUGAACCGCCAGCAGACUCUCGGAUCCGGCGCCAGUUACUUGGCCAUCUGAACCGACUCUCGAGUUCGAACAUGAUGCCCAUCAUUGAUGCUAUCAGUGCGAUCUAUGGCACGAACCCCCGAGCGCUCGUGUCGAAUGCUUUCUCGUCACUGCUGCUUGAAAUGAUUUCCACUCGAGACAAUUUGGGCGACCAGCUCUUGAUCACGUACGCAGCGCUCGUCUCGGCCAUGGCAUACGUAGUGGGACUUGAACUGUCGGCGGGAGUGGUCUCCAAGACGAUCGAAUUAUUUGACGCUUCGUACAACGAAGGUACAGACACAUCGUCAGCUGAGCAUCCACAAGCUUCAUCUCAACCUGUCGCUUUCGAGGGUCGACCUGGCAGCAAAACCUGUCUCAACCUCACAGCAUUCUUGGCGGAGCUUUACAACUUUUCAGUCGUAGGGUGUACUAUCGUGUACGAUAUCAUCCGGUUUUUCAUCAAGAAUGGUCUAGGGGAACUGGACGUCGAACUCCUGUCGAGGUUGAUCAAAAGUGAGUUGCGACGCUAGUCUCGGGUUGCUCGUUGCUGCGUGACUGAGUGUGCAAUCUUGCUGGGUUUCACUUGCCUAGGAUCUGGUUCACAUCUUCGGCAAGACGAUCCGAGUGCUUUGAAGGAGAUAGUUGCCCUUGUUAAGGAGCAAGCCGCCUUGAGGGACGCUAGUUCGAGCAUGAAGUACGCCCUCGCUGCUGCCACUGCCACUGCGCAUCGAACGCUAGAAAACUGACCGGCUAUACUCUGGUGUCCCAGCUCACGGACCAAAUUCAUGCUCGAAAUGCUCACCGACGUCAAGAACAAUAAGCUCAAGUCUGAUUUUGUUGGUACAAAUGACGGCUAUUCGAGUCUGAAGAAACUCAUAGCGAGCCUAGGGAAGAAGAACUGUGAGCUUCGUUCGUCGACGAUGCGACGCCUUGUUCUCCCGAGCUUCACUGACGCAUGUCUGUGUAGCGUCGUAUCAUGAACCACUACGGAUAACGUUAUCGGAUAUUCGCAACAGCUCAUCGAGGGGAAAGUGGUGGCUCGUCGGUGCUGCUUGGGCCGGGAUCGCCGAAGCAGAGGUAGACACGAGUCGCGCCGGACCGCCCGGGGGCCAGCGCAGCGUCGGUUCGGAAGAUAGCCUUUUCAAGUUGGCGCGAGCGCAUGGGAUGAAUACCGACGUUCGACGGACCAUCUUCGUGAUUCUGAUGAGCGGAGAAGACUACGCGGAUGCGUGUGAUCGACUGCUUCAGCUCGGUCUCACGGAUGUGCAGCAACGCGAGAUCGUGCGGGUUCUGCUACGGUGCAGCGGCAAUGUGAGUCCACCAUUCCCAGGUUCCCAGGUUGAAGCUUGAGGCCUGAGCCAUGCGCUGACGCUCGGAUAACGCACCGACCCGUUUGUAAAACGCGCAGGAGAGGCGGUAUAACCCUUACUACACCCUGGUCUCCGCUCAACUUGCGAAACGGUCGCAUGGCUUCAGGAUCACGCUUCAGUACUGCUUGUGGGACUUUCUCAGAGAACUCGGAAAAGACAGCGUUGGCGGCGAAGAAUUGGUCAAGUCGAUUGAUAUGGAUACCACCGGUGGGAUGGUCUCACCCCGGCGCGUACACAACCUCGCCCGGCUCUAUGCAUGGUGCAUAGCGAAGGAUGCCUUGUCGUUGACUGUGCUGAAGGUGUGUUCAGAAGUGUUGGGGAUCGAUCUUCGAAUUGAAAGCUGAUGCCCUUCAUCACUGCCAGCAUGUCCCUUUUGCGACAAUAAAAAUGAAGACGACAGAUUUCCUUCAACAGUUGUUUGUGACCAUGAUCAUCUCAACACAGACCGCAUCACCUGCUCUGGUCCUGCUCGCUCUCGAAGGACGGCGCGACAGGAAGGUGAUCGAGAAGCUGUGCGUCCGCGCCGCGACGAAUGGCAGCCUGGUCAAAGGGCUCCUUCACUUCUUGGAGGCCGCCGUGACGGAAGAUGUGAUCAGGUCAAAUGUCAGGGACGACACCGCGGCGGCUGUGGCUCGGUUCGGUGUCGCCCUGAUGCAGGACACUUUAAGCGCACUAUGA